GGAACCGAGAUCUAUAACUUCUCGCCGGGACAUGACAGGCCUCAAUCCCCCCCUAGUGUAACUCGAGGGACAAGAGUGCCUUGAUAAUGCGUCACGUAACCUCGAUUAUACUAGGUGUCUUCCGGGCCUUUCCCCGACCGCGAUCCCAGUGGAAUUCGCACCGAGAUUCUUUCCGGAUGCAUGUUUGACCUCAAUCCGAAAGCAACCGAAAGCUGUGGGAUCGUUCCUUGGAGGGCAAGGACUGGCGAGAACAGCACACAGUAUGUGCUACGGACCACACUUCUGAACCCCUUAUGCUGCAGUAGCGAAACACUGCCGUGGCUGGUGGCCGGAUCGAGGGCUGCAACGAAUUGCUCUCGUCUUCUCCAAGACGAGCAUGAUUUCAGACUAAGAGCUGCCGCCUGCCUGAGGUUUUGUGCUCUCUAUGACCGUCACCGUCUCGUGGAUCAUCACUUGCCCUUUGCCGACCGGGCGAUUCGUGUCGUUGGGGUUCCGCUGCGAGAGCAAAUCUUCCGACGAGCUGUCAUGCCCCGUGCGUUGAGCCCCCAACGAGGUGGACUCCGGGGUGGUUCCCCCUUUUCCCGUCUGCACAUCCACGUGGUAGGAACCCGCAGGGGCUGCAGUCUGGCCCAAGCUGUUCAGUUCCAUAUGUCCAUCCCAAGUGCGACCGUAGCCCCGGUGGAACCGACUGGACUUUUUGUUCGACGAGGUGGCGCCGGAAGAUGAGGCCUUCAAGUGAUUGAAAUAUGAUCCAAAGAGUGACUUCAAGGCGGGAAUGGACAGUGCGAUCAGGGUACUGCCGAUUUCCGACGUUUCCACGGCCAGCA